CUGGAACACAGCGUCCAAUAACAGAAACUGGGUGCGCCGUCCUUAGUCGCGCAGUGGGAUCCACGAAAAGCAAGCAAAAUGAAAGCAUCGCUGAAAGAGGACCUGAGUUUUCUCAAAAAGGUGCCGCUGCUGGCUGAAGCCACGUCCAACCUUGAUGCCCCCGUGCCUGGCUACUUGUACAAAGAGAUCAGCUCCAUGACAGUGGAGAAUGAUGGCCAGUAUGCCGAGCAAGUCGUGGAUUACCUUCUGGGUGCCUUAGUCGAGGGACCAUCACCAACAAAAGUGAAGUGCCUGAGAGUCCUGCAUCAUGUACUCACUAAUGGUCAUGCCACAGUACGUUCCAUCCUAGCCAGAAAAGACACUGCCAUUCGAUCAGCUGCAAAUGUGUCCGGUGGUGGUUCAGAGAACCAGUGCCUCCGCUUGCUUGCCAAGGACCUGCUGCAUGUGGUUCAUGACGAUGGUGCUGGGAGUCAACAGACUUCUGGCCAGCUGCCCCCUGCUCAGCAAGAAAACCGGUCGUAUUCUGGGCUUGGGGCUUCGGUGGCUACAACUGGAAAAUACCAGGGAUUUGGAAAUGCACCACUAGGCCCAAAGACACUGACCGAACAGGUGACUGACGGGAUCGCGAGGGUUGUGGACAAGAUCUCGGGGAAGCCGGCCGACAAGGGUAGCACUGACCUGCUGACCGAAGACCUGCCCAAGUUUCAGCCCGUGACAGUUCAGUCCCCGCCUUCCAUGCCGGUAAAAACUGCCAGCAUUCCACAGCAGCCAGUGAAGGUUGCAGCAAAACCACAGAAAGCCCGCAAGAAGGGCCGUGCCGGAGGCGGCUGGGAUGAUGAUGAUGAUGAAGAUGAGGCCACCGACGAUGGUAAUGCGUCAGGAACGGUGAGCGACUCAGCAAGCAUCGGUGAUUCCAACAGGACCGGUGAACUUCCUAGUGAACCUGCUGCUCAGUUGUACGAGAAAGAGGCGCAGUCGGUGGACGCCUUUGUCGAUCCCAGCCUCGACUUCCCACCUUCGCGACAAGAACUGGACGAAGCUCGCGAAAGGAGCGCAGUGCUCAACGUCGACAGGGUUGUGCAGCUGCUGAGUGCAAAGAUCUUUGCACCGCAGCAGGGCACACAGAUGAGGGCUCUGGUGUUGAUCGAAGCUUUGCUGAGAAAGGGCCACAUCAAUCUCGCAAGCCAGGGGGCACCUCUCCUGGCACAUCUUCAAGACUUGCAGACGAAGUCAUCUGACCCUGUUCAAGUCAAGGCCAAGAAGAUUUCCUUGAUCAUACAGAAGCUGAUAGAAGAGCCGGAGACAUGACAAGACAAGGGCACAAAAGCAAGGAUGACACAGCACGAGUUUCGGUGUGGCAUGUCUGUUUUGUUGAAGCAAGUUGUUGCUUGACUACUUGCAGUGAGCACACACAUGGCGAAACAGUUAUGUAGAGUAGUCAUUGAAGUCUCCAUCAGUCAUUGUUGAAAAUGGUAGCCCACGGGCAACAACGGAGAGGAAAAGCAAGUGUUGAGGGCACAAGCUGUAUAAUAAAAAAAGAGAAUGCUUGGUCUAGGGCUUGGGUCUUCUUUAU